UAUUUAAACAAAAAUUAUAAUUCGAUGCAUUUUAAAAAACAUAGACAUCGAUAAAGAUGGAAUAAUGAAAAAAUUAAUUUGGAUUAAGAUUUGCUAUGAUGCUAUGAGGUAGAUCAUUUUGUGGUAUCCUGAUUUGGAGUGCACAUUGACAUUUUGGGAAUAGUGUAGACAAUGUGCAAUAUUCCAUUUACAAUAAAUUAAAUUAAGAUUUUAGCAGAUUAUAAUAAAUAAAUUCAUACGUAGUUAGUAUAGGGAAUUUAAAAUAAUAAUAUACAGGUAAAUGAACAUUUCUGAGGCUAGAACAGCUGGUUAAUCACCACCUCAAAAAUUCUCGAAGUUAAACCAAUCUUAAUAAUUAAUUCCUGAAGAAUGUCUUCCUCCCACUCUUCAAAGUCUCUAUCUUUCUCCUAGAAGGGAUGCUUAUAAAAAAGGAAUCAAGAAAACUUAUAAAAUGAAAGAUAAUGAGAGGAAGAAGAUGGUAUGGUGUAAUAUAUAUGUGAAUGAAAUGGAUCCAAUCUAAUUGGCUAGGUCAAAAAAAGGAAAGUAGUGUCGUAUUUGCUCGAUGGAGGAGGAAACAUCAAGAUUCGUAUAUCCAUGUAUGUGUAGUGGAACAGCAAAAUAUGUGCACGAGGAGUGCCUUAAAAAUUGGAUUCUCUUAAAGAAUGGAGUUGAAAAGGUUUAUAAAAAUGAUAUUAAAUGUGAAGUUUGCUAACAUAAGAUAUCUAUGAAGGUUCAAUUUCAAGAAGAAGUACACUCAUCAAUAUUUUAAGAAGUGCCUAAACAUUAAAAAGCCUGUUGGCUGAUAUUAAUCUUUAUAAUUUUAUUAUAGAUAGCUGGAGCUGUUAUAUUGGGAGUCUUGGUUGGCUUUUCCAAUGUCGGCUUAGCGGCAGCUAUUACUUUAUUGGGAGUUAUUUCAAUCGUGUUGAUAAUUUAUCUUGUUGCAAAGGUUAUGCACAGCUUAACAGUUGAAACCAUUGUCUAAUGGGUGUUUCAAAAUUACCAAAAAGAAUAUAGUCCCGAUAAGAUUGGAACUAUUAUUAACAUCCCCCAAUAAUCGGUAAUAAACACAAGUCCAAGGAGUCCCAGACAAAGAAGACAAUCCUGUGUACCCCAAUUCUCUGGGCUUUAAAUAAUAUAAUUUGAAUAAUAUCCCUCAGAUGUUUGAACAUCUAACAUACGACUAUUUAAACUAUAUAAAUAUGUACUCA